CCAGGCAGCCUGGGUGAGCCUGCAAGUAGCAAGGCUCGAAUCUCAGCCUAGCUGCCUCCCACGUGGCCCAGCCACCUUGCCUGCCUUCCUUGCCGCUGAAUCUCACGCAGCGCUCUCUGUGCAGCCCAGCUGAGCUGCCCUGAUCUGCCUGGGUGAGUGACUGCAAGCAGGUUGGCCUGAAUCCCAGCCUAGCUGCCUCCCAUGUGGCCCAGCCAGCUUGCCUGCCUUCCACGCUCACGCAGCGCUCUCCAUGUGACCCAGCUGAGCACCCAGAUUAGCCUGGGAACGGCCACCAGUGAAAUCCUCCCAGAAUCUGUCCCAUCUGCUCCAGGGACACUACCCCAUUUUAUGCAAGAACCUGAUGAUGCAUAUAUAAUUAAAAGUAACCCAAUUGUGCUGCGCUGCAGAGCCAUGCCAGCAAUGCAGAUCUUUUUUAAAUGCAAUGGGGAGUGGGUUCACCAAAAUGAGCAUGUCUCAGAGGAGAGCAUGGACAAAAUCACAGGCUUGAUGAUUCGGGAAGCAUACAUCAAUGUGACAAGGCAGCAAGUGGAGGAUUUUCAUGGACCAGAAGACUACUGGUGCCAGUGUGUGGCCUGGAGCCUCCUAGGAACUUCCAAGAGCCGGAAGGCUUCGGUCCGCAUUGCCUAUUUACGCAAAAACUUUGAACAAGACCCCCAGGGCAAUGAAGUCCCAAUUGAAGGAAUGAUUGUGCUUCAUUGUCGGCCACCAGAGGGAGUUCCUUCAGCAGAGGUGGAAUGGCUUAAGAAUGAAGAACCAGUCAAUGCUGAACAGGAUGAAAAUAUUGAUACCCGAGCAGAUCAUAAUCUAAUUAUCCAUCAAGCCCGGCUGUCUGAUUCAGGGAACUACACUUGCACUGCAUCCAACAUUGUUGCCAAAAGAAGAAGCCUCUCAGCCACAGUCGUGGUGUAUGUGAACGGAGGCUGGUCUUCUUGGACGGCUUGGUCGGACUGCAAUGCCCAGUGUGGCAGAGGAAUGCAAAAGAGAUCCCGCACAUGUACCAACCCUGCUCCCCUCAAUGGUGGUGCUUUCUGCGAAGGAAUGUCUGUACAGAAAAUUACCUGCACAUCAUUGUGUCCCAUGGACGGUGCCUGGGAGGUAUGGAGUGAAUGGUCCAUCUGCAGCCCUGAGUGUGAGCACUUGAGGAUCCGGGAAUGCACUUCUCCACCUCCACGGAAUGGUGGGAAAUUCUGUGAAGGUCCAAACCAAGAAUCAGAGAACUGUACAGAAGGCCUUUGUAUCCAAGACAUUGAGAAUACAACAGAUAUCGCCCUGUACUCAGGCCUUGGGGCUGCCGUCAUCGCCGUUGCUGUCAUUGUUAUUGGGGUGACUCUCUACAGGAGGAGCCAGAGUGAAUAUGGUGUGGAUGUGAUUGACUCCUCAGCUCUGACAGGAGGCUUCCAGACAUUUAAUUUUAAAACUGUCCGGCAAGGUAACUCCUUGCUUUUGAACUCAUCCAUGCAGCCUGACCUGACUGUCAGUAGAACCUACAGUGGACCCAUAUGCCUUCAAGAUCCCAUUGACAAGGAGCUGAUGACAGAAUCCUCCCUCUUCAACCCUUUGUCUGAUAUCAAAGUCAAAGUUCAGAGUUCAUUUAUGGUGUCGUUGGGUGUGACAGAACAUUCAGAGUAUCACAGGAAAACUCAUUCUGGGACAUUUCCACAUGACAACAACAAAACCUUCAAUGCUGUGCAUGCAAAGAACAAAACGGCCUAUAUCCAGAAUAUCUCAUCACUUUCAAAGCAAAAUGAGAUGAGAGCUACCAGUGUAUUUGGUCAUCUGGGAGGGCGUUUAGGAAUUCCCAACACAGGAGUUAGCCUACUAAUUCCCCAAGGCGCUAUCCCUGAAGAAACAUCUUGGGAUAUCUACCUUGCAAUCAACCAUGAUGAAUCCAGCCUUCAGUUGGAAGGCAGUGAAAUCCUCCUAGGUCCAGAAGUGACUUGCGGUCCUAUAGAAGUGAUGGUCUCCACUCCAUUUGCCUUGACAAUCCCGCAUUGUGCAGAUGUGAACUCUGAGCAUUGGAAUAUUCAUUUGAAAAAAAGAAAGCAUCCAGGCAAAUGGGAGGAAGUGAUGUCUGUAGAGGAAGAAACCACUUCUUGUUACUGCCUCUUGGACCCAUAUGCUUGUCAUAUUCUUUUGGACUCCUUUGGAACUUAUGCUCUCAUUGGGGAGCCAUUGUCUGAUUGUUCUGUUAAAGAACUGAAAGUAGUAGUCUUUGGCUGUAUGUCCUGCAACUCUUUGGAUUACAGUCUAAGAGUGUACUGUGUUGACAACACUCCCUGUGCAUUUCAGGAUGUGAUUUCAUGUGAAAGACACCAGGGAGGACAAUUGCUGGAAGAACCAAAACUGCUGCAUUUCAAAGGGAAUACCUUCAGCCUUCAGAUCUCUGUUCUUGAUAUUCCCCCUUUUCUCUGGAGAAUUAAACCAUUCACAGCAUGUCAGGAAGUUCCUUUUUCUCGUGUAUGGUGCAACAACAAGCAACCACUUCACUGUGCCUUUUCCCUGGAGCGCUACACUCCUGCCACCACACAACUCUCAUGCAAAAUCUGUGUCAGACAAGUCAAAGGCCAUGAACAGAUCCUACAGAUCCAGACAUCAAUUCUAGAGAAUGAAAGAGAAUCUAUCACUUUUUUUUCGCACGAUGACAACAACUUUCCUGUUCAGAUGGGCCCACAAGCCUUUAAGAUACCUUACUCUAUCAGGCAAAGAAUAUGUGCAACUUUUGACACUCCCAGUGCCAAAGGCAAAGACUGGCAGAUGUUAGCACAAAAAAAUAGUAUCAACAGGAAUUUGUCUUAUUUUGCUACACAUCACAGCCCCUCUGCAGUCAUUUUGGACUUAUGGGAAGCCAGACACCAGCACGAUGGUGACUUAGAUUCUCUAGCCUGUGCUCUGGAAGAAAUAGGAAGGACACAAUCCCAAAUUUCUAACCUUACAGAAACUCAGAUGGAGGAAUCCAACUUCAGCUACAGCAGACAAAAUGGACUUUAGCUAUCACUUUUCUUUCAGAAAGUCAAGAGUGAGCUUGCACUGAAAUGGAAUUCCUGUUACCAAGGAAGAAGCCACAUGCCCUGAUUUUACCCCAUGUAUUUGCACCACCCAACUUUCACUCAGUGGGUCACCUCCUCCUUCUGUCCUCAAGCCAGGUCGCCUUUGGAGGAACGGAAGAAGCUGGUAAACCACAACUAUUACACAGAGACUUUUCUAUGCUGGAUAAAAAGGAAAAACGCCCCUCCUUCUCCACCCACCCACUUGCAUGUACACAAAUUCUAUGCUUGUGUGCUAACAAUCCUUCAGACACAAAGUGUAUAUGAAUACACAGCGCUUCAACCAAGAAAAGAAAAUAUGAAAAUUAUUGUAGAUGCUUGGAAUUGUCUUUGUGUGAGUGUGUGUGGAGUAAAGGGGGUGUUUGA